AUGUUGUGCGAAGAUGCGCGGGUUGUGGACGGAGGCGCGGCGACGGUCCGCGACGAGUUGUCGUCCACCUCCUCGUCGUCCACCUCCUCGUCGGCGGUGCGUGUGAGCCACAGCGCACUGGCGACCCGCAAGCGGGCGUACGACAGGGGCUACGGCGGCAUGGCCCGCCGCCUGCGCGAGAUGUGGGGGCCGGAGGAGCCAUACGCCCCCACGGCGGAGAGCGCAGCCACGUGGCCGCAGCGCCUGUGCUACGCCUGGAUCUCGGGGUACAUCCAGCUCGCCGCAAGGGAGCGGCUGCGGGUGGAGGACUUGCCGCCGCCACCCCGCGCCGACCGCGCGCACGAGUGCGGGCUGAAGCUUUCGGCGGUGACGCAGCGCAGCCUGCGACGGCGGCACGGCUGGAGCGUUCUCCUUGGCGCGACGGUGACAAGCCGCCGCGAUCGCCGCAGCCGGGGGACGCUGCGGUGGGUGGGCGUGCCGCAGUCCGGCGGCUACCACGACGUCGUGGCGGCCGUCACGUGGGCGACGCCCCCGUCGCAUCGGGUCGCCGAGUGCGGCGCGGAGUACUCGCCCUUCUUCCGCGGCCUCGUCCACGGCGAGACGCUCUUCGCGCCGGAGGCCACCGACAACUCCACGCUGGAGGAGCCUCGCAGCCUCGAGUUUGUCGCGGCGGACGACGCUGCCGCUGACGCUGACGCGGCGCUCGCGGCCUCCGUCCCGGAGCCCAGGCGGGUCUCUGUGGUGCGCGACCUCCUCGCGGCGCUGCCCGGCGCCGUCCUUUGGCAAUUUCCCGGCAAAGUCAUUGGCGACGUCUGCACCCUCACCCUCCCCGUCCUCCUGCGACACUACGUCGUGUACCUCGCGGGCGACUCUCCCAGCUGGUCCUCCGGGCUGCUGCUCGUCGUGGCGCUCUUCCUCGUGCAGGCCGCACAGAGCGUGGCGCUCCACGCGUUCUACUACAUAAGCAUCAACGGCGGCCAGUGCUUCCGCAGCGCCCUGACGGCAGUGAUAUUUGAGAAGUGCUUCGUCAUCUCGUCGGGGUCGCUCGCGGCCCCAGAGAUGAGUACCGGGAGGAUUAUUAAUAUGGUGAGCACCGACGUUGAACGGGCCAACGACUUCCUGCAGUACUGCAUGUACCUCUGGAGCUCCCCGACGGUGUUCACCGUCUCCAUCGUUCUCUUGUACCGACUCGUCGGCUGGAGCGCACUGGUCGCCGUCGCCGCGCUCAGCGCAACGCUGCCGCUGAACGCACUUGUGAUGCGGCGCAUGAUGCGGCUGCGCAGACGUCUUGCGGCCACGACAGACGCCCGUGUGAAGGCGACCAACGAGUUCUUCUCUGGCGUGCGCGUGGCGAAGUUCAUGACGUGGGAGCCCCGCUUCAUCGCCGACAUCGAGGCAAAGCGCGACACCGAGCUGCGGUACCUCCGGGGGGUGCAGUGGUGCCGCGUCGUCGUGUCCUUCCUCAACAACGCCACCCCGCCCGCCAUGAUUGCCAUUGUGCUCCUCCUGUACCACUUCCUCGGGCACGAGCUCACGCCGGAAAUCGUCUUUCCCACCAUCUCGCUCCUCGCCAUCAUCCGCAUGCCUUUUAUGAUGAUUCCCACGACGUUUAACUACGGGGUGCAGUUCAUCGUCUCCAUGGCCCGCAUCUCCGCCUUCCUCGAGUGCCAGAACUCCCCGCACGGCGUUCUGGACAUCCGCACCUACAACACCGCGCGGCGGGCGAGCGGCGGGCCGUGGUGCGAGCUGGCCGCCCUCUUUGAGAGUAGUGACAUCACGGCGCUUGUGCCUGUGAGGCUCCCGCGUGCGCCUCGCGUAGUUCUCUCCCUCGCCACUCGCCUCAUGCGGCGCUUUUGCUGCUGCGAGGCCUGCCGCCCGGGCAGGAAGCGGCCCUCGCCGACGCAAGUGCAGCAGCCGUCCGGCGGCUCCGCCACGCCAACCGCGACGGGGCGAAACGACUCCAAUGAGGCGGGGACUGCCGCGGCAGACGUGUUGGCCGAGGAUCGCUUUGAGUUGGUCCCGAAGGACAUCUUGAGGGGCGUCUCCAUCGAGGUCCCAAAGGGCAAACUCACUGUUAUCAUUGGACCCACCGGAAGCGGUAAAUCGACGCUCCUGGCGGCGCUGCUGGGCGAGUACGAGGUGAGGCGGGGUCGUGUGUGGGCCACGCGAAGCGUCGCGUACGUGCCGCAGCAGCCAUGGAUCAUGAACGCGACGCUGCGCGAGAAUAUACUCUUCUUCGCCCCGGAGGACCCGAGGAGACUGCGGGAGGCGGUGCGUGUGUGCCAGCUGGAGCCCGACCUGGGGCUGCUGGCGGGCGGGCUGGAGACGGAGAUUGGGGAGAAGGGCAUCAACCUGAGCGGGGGGCAGAGGGCGCGGGUGAGUCUCGCGCGUGCGGUGUACGCCGACCGCGAGUUGUACCUCUUGGACGACCCGCUCUCCGCGCUGGACGCCCACGUCGGCGAGCGGGUCGUGAGGGAUGUCCUGCUGGGCCAGCUGGCGCGCAAGACCCGCGUGUUGGUGACGCACCAACUGCACCUGCUGCCGCGGGCGGACGCCGUUGUGGUGGUGGGCGCCGGCGCCGUGCGGUUUGCCGGCAGUCGCGAGGACUUCAUGGGCUCCGCGGUGUACGCGGAGGUUAUUGCCGCCGACGCGAGGCAGCACCAACAGGAGGGGGCAGAGAAGGCGGAGGAGAUGGGCGAUGUCUUGGGUGGCCCCCCCGCGGCGGAGAGUAGUGCGCCGCUCGAGGCGGCGUCGCCCGGCGGCACCAGCGCGACGAUGAUGACUGUGGAGGAGAAGGCCGUCGGGUCCGUGUUGUGGUCGACGUACGUGGCGUAUUUUCGUGCAUGCGGUGGCGUCUCCGUGGUGCUGACGGUGCUGCUCCUCUUCCUCCUCACCGAGGCGCUGUCCUUGUCCUCCAACGUGUGGCUCUCGAUGUGGUCGACGCAGCGCUUCGGUCUGUCCCCGGAAACGUACCUUCGGGUGUACAUCGCCCUUGUGGUUUGCGGGACCGUCACGACGCCGCUGCGUUUCAGCGUCGCGUACGGCGCGAUGAGGCGGGGCUCACGUAACCUGCACCGUCUCAUCCUUCGAUCCGUCUCCACCGGCACGAUGCAGUUCUUUGACACCACCCCGCUUGGCCGCAUCGUCAACCGCUUCUCCCGCGACAUUGACCGCCUUGACGACCAGCUGCAGAUGACGUUCAUUUUCUUCCUGCAGGUUCUCUACGGCAUCCUAUCCUCGCUUGCCGUGGCCGUCGAGUCGCAGCCAUACGUCCUUGUGGCUCUGAUUCCCAGCGUGUUCCUGUACCACAGGCUGGUCCUCUUCUACAAAGUCACCAACCGAGAGAUUCGUCGCGUCGGCGGCGUUGUGAAGGCGCCGAUGGUGUCGCUUCUGGGGGAGGUGCUCGUCGGGUCCGCCACGAUCAGCGCCUACGGGGCUGCGGCGUCCAUUAUGAAGGAGUCCCUGCGACGGAUCGACCGCGUGUACGCCUCCUCCUUCCUGGAGAACGCGACGAACCGCUGGUUGGGGGUCCGAGUCGAUUUUUUGGGGAACGUCAUCGUCGUCGCCAUCGCCCUUCUCGGUGUCGUCGGGACAAUGAUGCGCUUCGGCACGCACGACAUUGGCCUUGUGUCGCUCAGCCUCACCAUGGCCCUGGCCUCCACGUCGCAGCUGAAUUGGCUCGUGCGGAUGGUUGGCAGCAUGGAGGCGGACAUGAACAGCGUGGAGCGCGUCCUGUACUACGCCCACAACAUAGACCGUGAGGAGAUGCCCGAGAUUGACGGGCUGGUUGACGAGCUGCGGGAGAAGAAGGCCGAGGACGGCGGUGCCACGGCGACCGUGUUGGUGGAGGCCGGCGGCGGGGCACGGCAGCCGGAGACGACGGCGGGGUGGCUGGAGUUCCGCGAGGUGGACAUGCGGUACCGUGCGGGGCUGCCACUCGUGCUGGACAAGGUCAGCUUCCGCAUUGAGCCGCGGCAGAAGGUGGGGAUUGUGGGCCGCACCGGCAGCGGCAAGUCGACGCUGCUGCUCACGCUCAUGCGGAUGGUGGACAUCUGCGGCGGCGACAUCGUCGUGUCGGGGCGGCCGAUCCGCGCGUACGGGUUGCGGGAGUUGCGGCAGCAGUUCUCGAUGAUUCCGCAGGACCCGGUGCUGUUCGACGGCACGGUGCGGUCGAACGUCGACCCCUUCCUCGAGUCGACGGCGGCGGAGGUGUGGGGCGCGCUGGAGCUGGUGGGGAUGCGGGAGCGCGUGGCGGCGGAGGGCGGCGGCAUCCACAGCCGCGUGCGGGAGGGCGGUUCGAACUACAGCGUGGGGCAGCGGCAGCUGCUGUGCCUCGCGCGGGCGCUGCUGCGGCGGGGCAGCGGCUUCAUUUUGAUGGACGAGGCCACGGCGAACAUCGACCACGCCCUCGACCGGCAGAUCCAGCACACGGUGAUGACGGCCUUCAGCUCACGCACCGUCAUCACCAUCGCCCACCGCCUGCACACCGUGGCGGCGUACGACAAAAUCAUCGUCAUGGACCACGGCGUCGUCGCGGAGUCGGGCUCCCCGCGCGAACUUGUGUCGGACCCGUCGUCCAAGUUUUCGGGGCUUGUGGCGGCGCUGGGGAAGCAGGAGGCCGCGGCGUUCAUGGCGAGUGUGGGGGUUGAGACGGCCCCGUAA